AUGUCUAAUAUAGCUUUUGUUCGUAUGCAAAAAGAAUGUAAAGAAAUUAUUACUAGUAGAGAGGCUGAAGAGACUGGUAUUAUGAUUGAAAUUUUAGAUGAAAAAUUAACUAAAAUAAAAGGAACAUUAAGAGGACCACCUGAUAGCCCCUACGAGAAUGCACGUUUUGUACUAGAUAUCGAAAUUCCUAGUGAAUAUCCUUUCAAACCACCAAAAGUUGUAUUUUCGACAAAAAUUUGGCAUCCCAAUGUUAGUUCGCAGACAGGUGUCAUCUGUUUAGAUAUUUUAAAAGAUCAAUGGGCAGCAUCAUUAACGUUACGUACUGUUCUCCUUUCAGUACAAGCUCUUCUUACAAUACCGGAGCCAACUAAUCCUCAAGAUGCAGUUGUAGCUAAACAAUAUAUGCAGGAUAAGGAGAUGUUUAAUAUUACAGCUAAAUUUUGGGCUCAACAUUAUGGAAAUGCACCCGGACAAAUUGAUGAAGAGAUGCAAAAAAAGGUAUCAAAAUUAAUAGAUAUGGGAGUAGAAGAUGAUACGGCUAUCUCAACACUUUCUUCAAAAAACUGGGACUUGGCUGCAGCAAUUGAAUAUGUAUUCAAUUAA